AUGGCCAGGCUACGAGCUCAGACGGUUCAAGAAGAGCGAGAACGUGCCCGCCAGCAGCAGCAGGAGCAGGGGCAAGGAACAGGAGUAGACGGCGUCCGCGUUACUGGAGAGACUGCCCCCAAACACACCUUUCCCCCCAACGGGGGGCACGCCCGGGCUGGCCCAUCAGCUAACACGAAUGGUAUGGGAGAUGACGAUAUCCCUGGCACGACACUUAGCAGCUUGAACGCAGACCUCUUGCCCCCUCCGACGAAUAAAGAGGAGGGACGUGCUCAGUGGGAAGAAUUUCUGAGGGAUCGGUUCAUCCGUGGUGAAGAUGACGACUUUGAUUACUCGCUGAUAGAUGAUAAUGAUGAGUACGAUGUGCUUGAGAGACAAGAGCAAGAAGAAGCAUGGUUUGACGAGGAGGAACCUGAGUGGGCCAGCAGUUGUGGUGAAGAGGGCGAAGGAGGAGGGAGGGUUUUGAAGGGGGAGACAGGAGUGCAAGAUUUCUAA